GCUACGUCUCAUUCAGUGCACGCUGAUUCGUGAUGCCAUAGAGUCCAUAGACUGUUGGACAUCUCCGAGAACGCGCGAAAUCUAUUCGAAAUUUAAUUUGAAAAAAGUGUCGUGAAUGACAAUCGAAUAGUGGAUAGUUUUAUUUUUUUAAUUGAUACGAUGUGGCGGACUGUGUUGGGCUUUUCAUUUUUCUUUUACGCCAUCGUUUCGCACGUCACUACGGCGCCGAUGUAUUAUCAAAAUCAAAACUCACGAGGUCCAAGCUAUACGAUAUCGAAUGGCCCCGGAGGUCCACACAAGCCGUACAUAGAGGUCCGCAACUCGACGUACCACGGCAGCGGGCCGCGGGAGGAGGCGCGCGCCAUGUGCUCCGUGCGGACGCAGGAAGUCAACGCCACCGCCAACGCCACCAUCACCAGGAGGCUGCACGGAGUCGUCACUUCUCGAGAACUCCACAACUCGAUCCAGCGUUUGGAGGUGAUAAUCUACGGUCAGAUGCAGCAGCUAUGGCAGAGUUUGGACGCGCUACGAACGCAGCUGUCUGGCAACACGCGAUCCAGUAACAUCAUGUUCCCGCCUCGGAACACCGUGUCCUUUAGAUACCAACCCCGAUCACUGUGAUCUUAGAGUAGCAAACCUUUGAUGAUAUAUACAGAGAUGGGUACAGGGGAAAAUGAACUUUGUUCUUCAUUACUUUAGAAACUCAUUUGUUAUAAAGUUGAUAUGAUUUAUUGUUAAGACGUAAUUAUGUCCCAUACACAUUCCCUUUGCCUCUAUAAAUCCGAUCUUAUUAUGUUUGUUGUGAAGAACCAAAUAAUCUGAAGUCAAUGCACUUAGGGAUAUUCGCAAGGUCAUCCCAAACCUAAUUAGAGGAUCACUAAUAAAAUUAUAACGAUUAAUACGAACAUGUGUUGCAAAAUACCUGUGUUACUAUAUCCCACCAGUAUGUAAAAUAGAGGAGAGUUACUAUUGUAUCAAAG